CCCGAGGAUCCUUCCAUGGGAGACAAGAUCGCACGGGUCAUUGUCUAUUUCGUGGCACUGAUCUACAUGUUCCUCGGAGUGUCCAUCAUUGCAGACCGUUUUAUGGCCGCCAUUGAGGUCAUCACCUCCCAGGAGAGAGAAAUUGUUAUUAAAAGGCCCAAUGGGGAAACAACCACCACCACAAUCCGUGUGUGGAAUGAAACGGUCUCCAACCUUACUCUCAUGGCCUUGGGCUCAUCAGCUCCUGAGAUCCUUCUUUCUGUAAUUGAGGUUUGUGGACAUGACUUCAAAUCUGGUGAGCUCGGGCCCUCCACAAUCGUUGGCAGCGCAGCUUUCAAUAUGUUUGUCAUCAUUGGCCUCUGCGUGUCUGUUAUUCCCCAAGGUGAGGUACGCAAAGUCAAGCACCUCAGAGUGUUCUUUGUCACUGCAGGUUGGAGUAUCUUUGCCUAUAUCUGGCUCUACAUGAUCCUUGCUGUGUUUUCUCCCAAUGAAGUCCAGGUCUGGGAGGGUCUAGUCACACUGGCCUUCUUCCCCAUAUGUGUACUCCUUGCAUGGGUGGCAGACAGACGCCUGCUCUUCUAUAAGUUCAUGCACAAGAAGUAUCGUGCUGAAAAACACAGGGGCGUCAUCAUUGAGACCGAGACUGAACGCUCCAAGGGGAUUGAAAUGGACGGCAAGAUGGUUAACUCUCACUUCAUGGAUGGAGGUGCGACCAGCAAUCUGAUUGGUCUGAUUGAGAGCAAAGAGGUAGACGAGUCACGACGUGAUAUGAUUCGGAUCUUGAAAGACCUGAAGCAGAAGCACCCGGAGAAAGAGUUGGAUCAGCUGGUUGAGAUGGCCAACUACUACGCUCUCUCGCACCAGCAAAAGAGCCGUGCCUUUUACCGCAUUCAAGCUACACGCAUGAUGACAGGUGCUGGAAAUAUCCUGAAGAAACAUGUAGCAGAACAGGCGAAAAAGAGUGCCAGUGUGCAGGAGGUGCAUGUGGAGGAACCAGAAGAGUACGUUUCCCGGAUUGCUUUUGAGCCUGCUGUCUACCAGUGCCUCGAGAACUGCGGGGCCGUUAUUCUGACCAUCACUCGAAAGGGAGGUGACAUCAAUAAGACUAUCUACGUGGAUUAUAAGACGGAGGAUGGCUCAGCUAAUGCAGGGGCAGACUAUGAGUUCACGGAGGGUACGGUAGUGUUCAAACCAGGAGAGAUGAUCAAGGAAAUAAGCAUUGGCAUCAUAGAUGACGACAUCUUUGAAGAGGAUGAGCACUUCUUUGUGCGCCUCAGUAAUCUGCGCGUCUUGGAAACUGAGGAUGAAGUGUUGUCCCCCAACAGUCUCCCAUAUCCAAAGGCUGUGUUGGGGUUCCCCACUGUGGCCACUGUGACCAUUCUGGAUGACGAUCAUUCGGGCAUCUUCACCUUUGAGAGUAACUCAGUCCAUGUCAGUGAGAGCAUUGGUAUCAUGGAAGUCAAAGUGUUGAGGACUUCUGGAGCAAGGGGGACGGUCAUCGUGCCUUAUCGCACGGUAGAGGGACUCGCCAAAGGGGGAGGAGAGGACUUUGAGGACACAUAUGGAGAGCUUGAGUUCAAAAAUGAUGAAACCUGCAAAUUUAUUCACGUGAAAAUUAUUGACGAUGAGGAGUAUGAGAAAAACAAGAACUUCUUCCUGGAGCUGGCCGAGCCUCGAAUGGUAGACAUGAGUCUGCAGAAAGGUGCAUUGCUUUUAAAUACGGUGAAUGGGUUUGAAAUUUGCGAGGAGUAUCCAGAGAGUACUCCACUGACUUCUGACGAGGAAGAAGCCAAGCGCAUCGCAGAGAUGGGGAAGCCAGUGCUGGGAGAAAACUCCAAGCUGGAAGUCAUUAUUGAGGAAUCAUAUGAGUUUAAGAGCACAGUGGAUAAGCUUAUCAAGAAGACCAACCUGGCUCUGGUGGUGGGAACAAACUCCUGGAGAGAACAGUUCAUGGAGGCCAUUACAGUCAGUGCAGGAGAUGAGGACGAGGACGAUACGGGGGAAGAACGGCUGCCAUCCUGUUUCGACUACGUCAUGCACUUCCUCACCGUCUUUUGGAAGGUCCUGUUUGCUUGUGUUCCUCCCACGGACUAUCUGAAUGGCUGGGCGUGUUUCACCAUCUCUAUCAUUAUCAUCGGCCUGCUCACGGCAGUCAUCGGUGACCUGGCAUCUCACUUCGGCUGCACUAUCGGCCUAAAGGAUUCGGUCACUGCUGUGGUUUUUGUGGCACUCGGCACCUCGGUCCCAGACACCUUUGCCAGUAAAGUAGCAGCAGUCCAGGACACCUACGCAGAUGCCUCCAUUGGAAAUGUGACUGGCAGCAAUGCGGUCAAUGUCUUCCUGGGAAUCGGCAUUGCCUGGUCAGUGGCGGCUAUUUACUGGCACAUGAAAGGGAAGCCGUUUGUGGUGGAGGCCGGCUCGCUGGCCUUUUCUGUCACUCUCUUUACCAUCUUCGCCUUCCUGGCCAUCUCGGUGCUGCUUUACCGGCGCCGGGCCCACAUCGGAGGAGAACUGGGCGGGCCCCGGGGACACAGACUGGCCACAUCAGCCUUCCUUUUCAGCCUCUGGUUCCUUUACAUCCUCUUCUCCAGUCUGGAGGCCUACUGUCAUAUAGAGGGCUUCUAAAAGUGUGACAGAAUACAAACAUACAGAGGUUUAAGUACAACUUCAGAGGUAAAAGAGUGAAUUCUCACUGUGGAAUUUAGGUAAAUCUUGUAUGGAAUGAAAGGACAGAAGAGGCAAACCCAGGGUUUUCCUAUACACCUCCCUACUCCGCUCCAUCCCUCAACCCCUUCUGUAAGGAUGCUUGGAGGUGUGUAUCCUGCCCUCUUGUGCCGACAGGCCUGGCUGAUAUAGGAGCGACCCUGAGCCAGUGUGAGUGUGCUUACAGUUGGGAUUGGGCUGCCACCACGUACGGAAGAUGGCGAUGCCAAGAGGUGG